AUAAAAGAGAAAGCCAAACCUCCAGGAGGUGAAGCAAAAGGGGCACAGGCAGCACCCAUCCAGCAUUCAUUUCUCACAGAUGUAUCAGAUGUCCAGGAAAUGGAAAGGGGACUUCUGAGCCUCCUGAACGACUUCCACUCUGGCAAACUUCAAGCGUUUGGAAAUGAGUGUUCCAUAGAGCAGAUGGAGCAUGUGCGGAGUAUGCAGGAGAAACUUGCUCGCCUCAAUCUGGAGCUCUACGGGGAGCUGGAAGAACUCCCUGAAGAUAAAAGAAAACUAGCCAGUGACUCCAACCUGGAUAGGCUGCUGUCAGACCUAGAAGAACUGAAUUCAUCUAUCCAAAAACUACAUUUAGCAGAUGCUCAAGAUAUUCCAAAUAGUGCCACAGGCUGA